AUGGCCAAGAACCCUGCCUGGUUGCUCCAUGGACCACCCACCAUCCCCACCACCUUCUACUCUCCUUAUCCAGAGGGGCUGCACCUCCAUGGACCACCCACCAUCCCCCCCCCCUUCCACUCUCCUUAUCCAGAGGGGCUGCACCUCCAUGGACCACCCACCAUCCCCCCCCCCUUCCACUCUCCUUAUCCAGAGGGGCUGCACCUCCAUGGACCACCCACCAUCCCCCCCCCCUUCCACUCUCCUUAUCCAGAGGGGCUGCACCUCCAUGGACCACCCACCAUCCCCCCCCCCUUCCACUCUCCUUAUCCAGAGGGGCUGCACCUCCAUGGACCACCCACCAUCCCCCCCCCCUUCCACUCUCCUUAUCCAGAGGGGCUGCACCUCCAUGGACCACCCACCAUCCCCCCCCCCUUCCACUCUCCUUAUCCAGAGGGGCUGCACCUCCAUGGACCACCCACCAUCCCCCCCCCCUUCCACUCUCCUUAUCCAGAGGGGCUGCACCUCCAUGGACCACCCACCAUCCCCCCCCCCUUCCACUCUCCUUAUCCAGAGGGGCUGCACCUCCAUGGACCACCCACCAUCCCCCCCCCCUUCCACUCUCCUUAUCCAGAGGGGCUGCACCUCCAUGGACCACCCACCAUCCCCCCCCCCUUCCACUCUCCUUAUCCAGAGGGGCUGCACCUCCAUGGACCACCCACCAUCCCCCCCCCCUUCCACUCUCCUUAUCCAGAGGGGCUGCACCUCCAUGGACCACCCACCAUCCCCCCCCCCUUCCACUCUCCUUAUCCAGAGGGGCUGCACCUCCAUGGACCACCCACCAUCCCCCCCCCCUUCCACUCUCCUUAUCCAGAGGGGCUGCACCUCCAUGGACCACCCACCAUCCCCCCCCCCUUCCACUCUCCUUAUCCAGAGGGGCUGCACCUCCAUGGACCACCCACCAUCCCCCCCCCCUUCCACUCUCCUUAUCCAGAGGGGCUGCACCUCCAUGGACCACCCACCAUCCCCCCCCCCUUCCACUCUCCUUAUCCAGAGGGGCUGCACCUCCAUGGACCACCCACCAUCCCCCCCACCUUCCACUCUUCUAAUUCAGACGGAAUUCACCUCCACGGACCAACCACCACCCCCACCACCUUCCACUCUUCUAAUUCAGAGGGGUUUCACCUCCAUGGACCACCCAUCAUCCCCACCACCUUCCACUCUCCUUAUCCAGAGGGGCUGCACCUCCAUGGACCACCCACCAUCUCCACCACCUCCUGCUCUGGAGGGGCUUCACCUCCACCCCCCCUCCCACGAGUGAACCAGAAACUCCAUUUCACCGAGCUGGUUUAA